ACCCCCCAGGGACAAAUGUACUUGGAUAACAAAGAUACAGUUUCUAGACAGCAAGAGAUGGAGCUGAAUCAGACAUCGUCACAUCAAACCAUUUUAUCUGCAAAGGUGGCAGCCAAACCAGUGACCAGAAGUUGCAAUGAGCUGCAGUUAUUUAAAGAGUAUCAUGGCAUGGUAGCGAGCCUUGGAGAGUCACAGACCCUGUGUGAAAAAUCAGCAAUAGGGGAGGAUGGCUGCAUUGCACUUGAGAAGGAUUUCACUCCUGUGCCCAUGCAGGGAAGAUAUCACUUCAAUUUUUCAAAAUUAUUCAGCUCAAGAUCAAAAAACACUGUUUUUACAGAGAAGACACCACUACUGAAGGUUUCCUCAGAGGAAGAUGGGUUGCAGUGUAUGGCUCUUCAUAAUCCAGAUUUUACCACAGAUGAUGAUUCAUGGGACAACAGCUCUGCAGAAUUUGAGCAAAGGUUUCAACUGGAAAGUGAAAUGACAAGUUUUCCCAGAUCUGCUUCUUCUGAGAAAUAUGAAAUCUUGGACAACCUUCAUGUCAAGUUCAAUUUAUCAAAAAUGAGAUGCUGUCUAAAAUUCCUGAAAGUUUCAGGCCUCUUUAUAUUCGUAGUUGUCUGCUCUAUUUUAUUUGGCAUUUAUCCAGAUCAAGGUAUGCCCUGGCAGAUGUUGGCUGUAUCACCUCUGGAAAGCUUCUCUAUGAAUCUGACUGACUUUCGUGAUUCUGCUCUGUUGAAGUUAGACAUAGGAGGCCCAUUUGAGGCACAAGUUGUUGAUGAGCAAACAGAGGAAUACAUCAUGGUACAAAUCAGCCAGAGUGAAGACACAGGAUCAAGGAGGAGGCACCAGCAGCAGGUGGUAUACAACUGGUCUCUGCCCUUAAGUUCAAGAAGAAAUCAGCAGAUCAUCACAACCAGAACCUUUCAGAUACCAAACAGAGGCACCAUCUCUAUAAACAUUCAAGCUUUCCUGCAGGAGUCUGGAAGUGUUCCUCUCUCCAUGAAGCAUCAGUACCUUCAUGCAAAUAUAGGGGCACAAGUAACUGUUGCAUCCAUCAUCUUAGUAGGUGUCUACGUGCUGAUCAUAUUGGAAAUUGUUCACAGGACCCUUGCAGCCAUGCUGGGUGCUUUGGCCGCUUUAGCUGCCCUAGCGAUUGUUGGGGAGAGGCCAAGUAUGGUCAAAGUGGUGGAGUGGAUUGACUAUGAGACACUGGCAUUAUUGUUUGGAAUGAUGGUUUUAGUGGCCAUAUUUUCAGAGACUGGAUUCUUUGACUACUGUGCAGUAAAGGCUUAUCGGUUCUCUCGAGGCAAGGUGUGGGCCAUGAUUACGCUUCUGUGCCUUAUUGCUGCAAUUCUUUCUGCAUUUUUGGACAAUGUUACCACUAUGCUGCUCUUUACUCCAGUAACCAUAAGGCUCUGUGAAGUACUUAAUCUUGAUCCUAGGCACGUCCUGAUUGCGGAAGUAAUCUUCACAAAUAUUGGGGGGGCUGCCACUGCUGUUGGGGAUCCUCCAAAUGUGAUUAUUGUUUCAAAGCAGGAGCUGAGGAAGAGGGGAUUGGAUUUUGCAGCCUUCACAGGGCAUAUGUUUUUGGGUAUCUGCCUUGUUGUUCUGGUCUCCUUUCCUUUCCUCAGACUUCUUUACUGGAACAAAAAACUUUACAAUAAGGAGCCAAGUGAAAUUGUUGAGCUGAAACAUGAGAUCUAUGUUUGGAGGCUGACAGCUCAGCGCAUCAACCCAGCCAGCAGAGAGGAGACUGCUGUGAAAUGCCUCUUGAUGCAGAAGGUGCUGACUCUGGAGAUGCUCCUGAGGAAGAAGCUGAGGACUUUUCACAGACAAAUUUCACAAGAAGAUAAAAACUGGGAAACAAAUAUCCAGGAACUUCAGAAAAAACACAGAAUAACAGACAAAAUUCUUCUCAUCAAAUGUCUGACAGUGCUGGGAUGUGUUAUUCUUAUGUUUUUUCUCAACUCAUUUGUUCCAGGCAUCUACCUAGAUCUUGGCUGGAUUGCCAUGUUGGGAGCCCUUUGGCUGCUAGUGCUAGCAGACAUCCAUGAUUUUGAGAUGAUAUUGAACAGAGUUGAGUGGGCAACCCUCCUUUUCUUUGCAGCGUUGUUUGUUCUCAUGGAGGCUUUGGCUCAUCUGCACUUAAUAGAUUAUAUAGGAGAGCAGACAGCUUUGUUAAUAAAGGUGGUUCCUGAGGAUCAGCGCUUGGCAGUGGCCAUUAUUUUAGUGCUCUGGGUGUCUGCUUUGGCCUCCUCCGUGAUUGACAACAUCCCCUUCACAGCUACAAUGAUUCCUGUGCUUCUCAAUCUGAGUAAAGAUCCAGAUGUUAACUUGCCUAUGAAACCAUUAAUCUUCUCAUUGGCCAUGGGUGCGUGCCUUGGAGGUAAUGGAACAUUGAUUGGAGCAUCUGCAAAUGUUGUUUGUGCUGGAAUUGCUGAACAGCAUGGUUAUGGCUUCUCUUUCAUGGAGUUCUUCAGGUUAGGUUUCCCCAUGAUGAUCGUGUCCUGUACCAUUGGGAUGUGCUAUCUUCUUGUUGCUCAUGUUGUAGUAGGUUGGAAUUCAUAG